CAGCUGUAUUAUGGUUUUUAUUCAUUGUUUUCAUUGUUAAGCACUACCAGAAACUUCUGAGGUCUAUGGGGGAGCAGGCUGCCAAUCCAUGCCUUAUCAUCCAGGUGCGGGUACGGGCACAAACCCGGGCCGAUAAGCUCCAGCGGGGUGCCGACCUUUAACUACGGCGGCCCCUACUAUUGCGUAGAGGAGGCUAGCAGCAAGCGAGGUCGGCACGGGGCGGGGGAGUGCCGAAGCGGCUCUUGGGGGCUGGCACUGACGGCUGUUGACCUGUCGGCACAAGCCACCCCCCGCAAGGCUACCUAGCAUCGCUCUGUACAGGCAUACCGAAACAAGAAACAAAGAAGCAGCCAUGACGCGCGCGUGAUAAGCAAUGUAGGAGCACAAGAGACAUUAUUGUUUCCUCCUACUCACAACUAACUACAUACUACUUAUAUACCUUCGUCUUUGAUUUGUCGUUUUCAGUCCUAUUUCGUAUCUACCUUUCGAGAGAACCAUCUAUAACUCCGCCUAAUAUCAGUGCCCCCCAAACCCCCACAGAUCAGGCCCAGCAUAUGGAACCCUAUUCUUUAUCUGCCGCUUCGGGCUUUCCCCAUGUCAGGAUAUGAUCACCGAUUCGCUCGAGGAAUUUCAGAUUAUUCUGCACACAUUCCUGCCACAGUACUAAGUGCGCAAGCGCCGUUUGCGGCAAGUUUCAAUGACGUGGAGCCGCAUCUUCACAAUUUCGGUGCCUCGGAUGCUCAGUAUAGAAAUAUCCAGACCUUCGGCACAAUCUCCCCGUUUCAAACAAAUAUUCCGGAUGAAUCAUCAAAGUGGGAACAAAACAAACCGAAAGAGUAUAUUCCUUGCGCGGUUCCCACCAUCACUUCGCCUCCGGGGAUAAAUCCUAGCGUGGAGCUGGGUGUUGAGCCCACCCAAGUGGAAAUACGCAUCCUGGCGGGAUUAAGGGACCUGAUACAAAUUUUAGAUUUGUCCGGGAUAUUGUUAUCUGUGUCGCCUUGCUGCAAGGCACUGACAGGGUACGAAUCGGAGGAUUUAAUAGGCAAUGUCUUAUUUGAGUUCAUCCAUCCAGAUGACCGCUCAGUGGUCGUCAAAGAGUUUGCCCAUUCAAUAAACACAAAAACCCCGUUCCAAUGUUUCUAUCGUUUCAAGAAGCAUGACGGGACCUAUCUACUGCUAGAUGCCCACGGUCAAAUAGACUCAGCGACAAACAUGAAGUUCUCGAUAAUCGCCCGCCCCUACCUGACCAAAGAAACGCAGCUUCUCGACUCAUUCCUCGAACACAAACUCGAAAACGAACGUCUGACAAGACGAAUCGCAGAACUGAAACGAGAAGGGGAAUUUCAGCUUCAUAACGAUGAAAAUAAACCAGACAACGAACAAGUUACCUCAAUAGCUCCACAAGCCCAUCACAAUUUAACAAGUACCCCCGGCUUCCACCCUCCUUCUACUGGUGCAUUUCAAUUUAGACCUGCCACCGUACCAAACCCUAAAGCUCCAAUACUGCCCAAUGAGCCUUUCACAGGAUCAAGCACAGAUAGAUUCCAGCCGUUAACGCCAUCGCAGCCCCAGCAUAACAUUUCUCAGCCCGCUGGCUUCGAAGGGAGCACAUACGUAGACGACAUCGAGCUCAUGACAGGCCUGCGCUAUGGAGCAGGUGAACGGACGCGGGGGAUAAGCACUGGCGACCCUAACGGCACUCUUUUCCAGAGCGUCGCGCUUUCAGUGGGGGUGUUCACGUCCAGCCACAGGGACGGUGGUAAGGGCGGCAAAGGAAAUGCUGAACGGAAACGGAGGAGUAAGCCUACCGAAACGAAUUCCUGCACUGAUUGUGGGACGUUCUCGUCGCCUGAGUGGCGGAGGGGUCCGAGUGGGAGGAAGACGCUGUGUAAUGCUUGUGGGCUGCGCUGGGCGAAGCAGGUUAAGAAGCGCCAACAAGCGACGGGCACUACCACUAUAUAAGAGUGGGCUCAUAAUCUCUUAAGUAACUAACUGACUUGUUCUCUAACCAUCUAGUUUAAAGGGUCCACUUUUCCUUCUUCCAUACUGCUCGUGAUGAAUAAUGAUGAUAUCCGAAACUGCCCUUGUUCUGGACAUGAAUACGUUGAUUUGAGCUUUUCUUUGGAAUUCCUAUUCCCCUGAUACGAUAGCCCAUAUCUUCUUCUGCUAUAUAAUGUGUAAUAUUUACUAGUUACGCACGACUUAUAACUACAUCUACCCAUAUGUUUUUGGUGUAUAUAUUAAUUACUCUAUAUAAAGAGCGGGAUUUUUUCCUUUAUAUUUUUAUGGGACUUGAAACAUAACCUUUAUCAAAUAAAAUCCUGAUUUCUCAGCUUUCGAUAUGCGUCAAUAUGCUCUGGAAUGGGAGAAAUAGGGAAACUGAUACAAAGGGGGCGAAAAUUUCUAAACUCAGACCACAUACUUCCAAAUCCAUUCUGUGAAAAAAAUCCUUGGAAGCAAUCUCCCACAUAGCAGUUAGGCAGGAAGGGGGAGAAAAACCCAGAAACGCCAGUUCGAUAAAUAGCAGAACGGAACAGAGCACAGGAAAAAAGUAGCACGAGAUUGGUUUUACGUGUCCAUCCGAUUGUCACCGCCAGAGCCUCCCGUAUCGCCCUCCUUUGGCCCUUCAUCCGUUUCCAUAGUUGACUUCGUCAGCUCCUCGUUCUCUGGCUUCGGGUCUGACAGCAUUGCAGCGGUAUUAGGCCCUGGCUGAUCUUCGUUGGUCUCCUCUACAGGCUUCUCAGGUAUAUCGCCAAUGAAAAUAUCUCCAUCAGCAUCCCUAUCUGCAUCGUCCUUCAAAUCACGGCCGCUCGAGGGAUCAUUAACUGUAGCUCCUUGUGAAGUGUCUUUCAAAUCUGCUGCUGAAUCACUACCACUACGAACAACAUCGGUGCGUGGGGGGCUGGUCGACAAUGACAUCUCCACCCCCUUCCCAUCCUGCAAUCCGAUAUCCUUCACGCCCAAAAUAUUUGGACCUCUCGCAUGAGGCUCUUCCUCGACUUCAUGCCCUUGUGCCUCUGCCACGCGCCCCUCACCUCCCAGGGACGAAGCUGUCUGGUGUUGCCGCUGAUGCUCAUGCUGUACUGUUGUAGGAACAACGCCAGCCUCUUGCUCCUGCCGAAUGAGUUCGCCCUGCGUCAUGGCGCCGGAUUCUCGCGGCGGAACUGCGGAGGAGGACGGGCUGCUGCUACCGGGCGAGCUCGCACCUGCUCCACUCGAAUUAGGACUAGAGUCAGGUUCUACGAAGCCAUGACCACCCUUACCUCCAGGAAGAUCAACAUUGUUCAGCCACGGGAUCGGGGUGAGAAGGGCCCCUCCAAGAGACUCAUCGCUUCCCAGCGCAUUGUUGCCACUGAGCGCGAAACUACUGCCCCCUGCCCCGUUGACGCCGUUGACGAGGCUAGUAUCAAUAAUACCGCCAGGCAAAGGCAUGGACACCGGUAAUGGGAAAAUAUCUGCUCCGCUGGAAACCGAUACGACACGGUCGACUGCACGGAGAUACGCUGGUAACGUGCGGUAGUCACGGGUCGGCCGUAGUAUCAACUCUGCCAGCCGCUGGAUUGUAUGGGGUGGUUUUGCGGGAAAGUAUGUCUUUAGAGUGGAUUUGAUGGACGAGAGGAUCACGACGAGGGGUGGAGGGAGGGCGUCGUCCGUCGGACCGGACUGUGGUUGCGAAUCAGGAAUGCGUUCGCUGGAGGCGGAGGAUGGAAAAGUCGGAACUGGUGGUCGGCGGGGUGGAGUCUGUAGAUGUGACGGCGGAGCAUUUUCUUUAUUGCUAUUUGCCUGCGAGUUUACUUCUUGUGUAGAAUAGGAAGAGGGGAUAAGGCCUGAGUUAUCAGCGGCUCCACUCCAAGGUGGAGGGACGGUGGGCAUCGGGAAGUCAUUGUGAAUUAUCUAUGCGAACUGUUAGCCACCAUGGGAGCUUUAUUGCCUCGUUUACGCUUCCGGGUAGAGUUAAGCUCUUGUAAAGGAGACGUACAUGUUCGAGUCGUUCGAUUAAAGGGUCUAGCAAGCUAGGCCAUCUCUCACUAUAUCAAGCACCAUUUCACGGUCAACGGCGGAGCGCAUAGACGAGCUUAAAGAUAUACGCAAACAUACUAAUCCAUAGUUCCAUCUUUGGCGACAGCCUCUAGCACUUCCU